GGCACGGCCCGGCCCGGCCCGCACGUGAUCAGCAACGAGGAACCGCGACGGCACCUGGAGGCGGCUCCGCCCCAGUCCCAGGAAGGGAGCGACCGGCGGGGCAGGAGGGGAGCGGCUGGAUCCGGCGGGACGGGACGGGGCUGCCGCCCCUCAGAGGGCGCGCUACUCUGCCGGCAGCGGUCAUGGCUUUUGGGAAGGCUCCGAAGGACCCUUUCGGUACCGCCGUGGGCAGCCUCGUCGAGCGGGCGACGUUUGGAGCGCUGCAGACGGAGGAGUGGGGACAGUUCAUGCACAUCUGCGACGUGAUCAACGCGACGGAGGAAGGGCCUAAAGAUGCAGUUAAAGCACUGAAGAAAAAGCUUUCAAAAAACUGUAACCACAAAGAGAUCAGGCUUACCCUGUCUCUGCUUGACAUGUGUAUAGAGAACUGCGGCCCGAGAUUCCAGUCUUUAGUUGUGAAGAAAGAUUUUUGUAAAGACAAGCUCGUGAAACUGUUGAACCCAAGAUACAAUCUACCAAUUGACAUGCAGGAGAAAAUCUUGACCUAUAUCAUGACGUGGGCCCGAGGUUUCCAAGGAAUGGUGGAUGUGAGUGAAGUAAAAGAAGUUUAUCUAGAAUUGCUGAAGAAAGGAGUGGAGUUUCCAUCUUCUGACACCAGCAGAGGAGGACGUAAGCAGACUUCAUCUCAACCUUCUAAGAAGUCAUCACCAUCUCCUACUAGUCCUGCAAAAUCUUCUUUACUGCCUCUUCCCACGGGCCCAACAUUAUUGUUGACUGCUGAGCAGAUUGGGAAACUGUACAGUGAACUGGAUAUGGCAAAAAUGAAUGUGAGAGUCAUGUCAUCAAUAUUAAAAGAAAAUGUUCCUGGCUCUGAAAAUCCAGAUGAUAUGAAUCUUUUACAGAAACUGUACAAGACCUGUCGGAUGAUGCAGGAGAGGAUCAUGGAACUCUUGGUGACAGUGGAGAAUGAAGAUGUGAUAGUUGAGUUAAUACAAGUAAAUGAAGAUCUGAAUAAUGUCCUCCUGGGACAUGAAAGGUUCUCUCGAAACAGAGUUCGUUUUCUGGAGAAUCAGAGGAUAGAACGUGAGCGUGCAGAGCUAUACAGGAAGCAGCCGACCGCUCCCUCAAGUGAUCUACUUGACCUCUCCAUAGAUUCUCCCUCUCCUGUAGCCACAGUGGUGCAAACUGACUCUGCAGCGUCUCCUUCAGGCCUUAAUGGCAUAUCUGCACACCCUGAAGAUAAAAACAGGCAUCAUCCAUCAAUUUAUCCACAGCUAGAUGUAGCAGCUACUACAAAAGCUCAGCAAUUCCCAUUUGCAACUGAAGUACAAAACAAUAGUGUAAGCAACCCAGCUGGACAUUCAUAUAGCAAUUUGCUGACUCUUUUAAGCCCAGUGCCUCUGAAUCCAGUAAAUCUGCAGAGUGAACAUACUGCAUCGUUAAAUGGACUGUCAUCAGCAGCUGCAUCAAAGAACAAGCCACAAUCACCUCAUUACUAUGAGAUAAUGGAAUUUGAUCCCUUGGCUCCCACUGAAGCUGUUUAUGAAGAAAUUGAUGAUGUGCUAAAGAAAGAAGUAAAAAAGCAUACAGAAUGCUGAAGGUGGAGGUGAAGUCUCUUACUGAUCACAUGUUACUCUCUGCUGGUCCUAUGCAGUGCUUCCUAUAACCUUCCUGUAACCUACAAGUGAAUAACAGAACAGGUUUUGUAUGUUCGCACAACAAAUAAGUACUGGGAUAUUUACAUGGAAGUGGAACACUGUGGUAAAAGAAACUGCAGAAUCCACUUUCUAUUUUGGCCUCAUUGCUGUGUUCAUCUCCCCAGAAGUUUAGAAGGGGAUUUUGCUAUGCAGGACUUCUCUUGAACUUGGGCUUCCUCAUAGUUGUCUGAAGACACAGUGUUACUUUCCUACAUUCGUAUUCUGGAUAUAGAGUUUGUUUUCUUCUUAAAAGCCUCCAAUAUAAUUGGAUUUUUGUCUUGGUAAGAACAUGAGGUGCUGUCAUCCAUGUUUAACAGAACAGAAAAACCCUGCUUGUUCCUCUGGCAUUGCAUUCAUUUACUCAGUAAAUAUUGGAAAGGGAUCAAUCAUUUCUUUCAAUGUUCCUGCCCUGCAGAGAUUGUUGUUCUGGUGAAGGAAAAGCUAAUCAUCUACAAUGCAGAUGAGCAAUAGUUAACCAUUUAUUUUAAUCAAGUUGUUUAACCCUGUUAAUAACAGUUUUCUCUUUUAUUAAUAGAAGUGCCUUAUCUAUUUUAAUGUUGAAUGUAAAACAUGCACUUUAACAGAUAAGAGUUCUCGGAAUUUGUACUCCAUAUAAAAUUUGAGAACUUGGUUCAUAUCCAUAGCUGAUAAGCUAGGUUGGGUUUUUUUUGUGAAAUACUGCAUUUUAAACAUUCAUUAUGUUAACUGUUCUAAGUGAUAAUUUCUCAGUUGGUUUUGCAAUUUCUGUACCAUAAAGUUCCAAAUAAACACAACUGCUUACUG